UGACGAUGCUCCUACUCAUCACUUGCUUGCUUCUACUGGGUGUUUAUUCUACGGCAACAGUGAUCAGAGUGAGUGGACGUGUAGGUGGAUCAGCAGAGAUCAGAUGCCCCUAUGAUGCUGGAUAUGAGACCUACUCCAAGUACCUCUGCAGAGGAGACUGUUCCUAUCGGAACAAAUACAAACCUGUUGAGACUGAAGAAAGGAAAACAGGGGCUGUUAGGGGAAGAUUCUCUCUCCAUGACAACACCACUUCUAGAAUCUUCAGCGUCACCAUCACUGGACUGACUGUAGAGGAUGCUGGGAAGUACUGGUGUGGGGUUAAGACUGGAUUUGGAUCUAAAGAUGUCUACACUGAAGUGGAGCUCACAGUUAAAGUUUUCUCUACAGUGACUUCAACAUCAGCUCUUCCCUUCAGACCUACAAUGUCCACAAUUCCAGAAUCAAUCAACAGUACACCUCUUUCAGCCAUGAGAACUUCUUACCAUCAUUCACACUCCAUCCCCCAAACUUCUCGACAAAGCAAUCAGACAGGUUCCAGCAUUGAGGCAGGUCCCAGCAUUGAGGCUCUUCCACACAGCUUAUAUGGAGGCAUUGCUGUGGGGUGUCUUGUUCUGCUGAUUAUCGUGGUACUGGGCCUUUAUGGGAAGUCCAGGUGUAGUGGAAGGCCUAAAUCAGGGUUUUCACGUGUGAGAAAUCCAUGUUCAGACGAAAGGAGGAGUUAUAUCACUGUGGUUGCGGAUUCUGCCCCGACAUCUUGGCCGAGUGGAUCGGGUCAGAAGGAGCAGGGGCCUGUGUACAUGAAUACACACCGCUAAAAAUCAAUUCUUCAACAGUGACCAUUGUUUAUUCAGGGAAAAUUAGACAUUUCAACAGUGACCAGUGUUUAUUCAGGUAGAAUUACAAUUUUCAUCGACAUCCAUUGAUUUAAGCCUGGCUCAAACUACACGACUAUCGGCCCAAUUCUAGGCUGAAAACCCUUACGACAAUCGGUGGAACGUUACCCCCCAGGACCAUCGCAAGCGAUUGUAGGGAAAAAAAUCCUCGUCGUGUGCGACGCUCUAAGAUAGAACUUUGGGAGCUCAAAGAGUCGCGAAUCGCAAAUCGUAGAAAUCAAACAGUGUUUGGUAUUUGCGACUGGAAAUAGAACGUCGGGCAUUGUCUCGGUGGUUGCGAGCAGGGAUAAUAUUGACAGUUGCAAUUCUCUUCUAGUGUGCGGUGCACCACAAUGUCAAAAUCGGACACACAAUCGGGAGUUGUGUAGUUUGAGCCUGGCUUUAGGGACAAUAAGAAUCCCCAUAACUAGCCAUUGUUUAUUUAGGGACAAUUAAAAUAU